AUGCACCCGGCCGCCAAGAACCUGACGAACGCCGUCCACGCCGCGCACAACGGGACCCUCAACCUGCUCGCCGGCCACCUGAACCGCACCAAGGCGUGGGGCGCGCUCGGCCAGCGGCUGCUCAACGCGACGCACUUCCCCUUCCUGAACAACACGCGCCGCGCCCGGCCCGCCACGCACCACAACGUCUCGAAGCCCGCGGUGGCCGCCCCCCGCCACGCGUUCCCCAACGUGACGCAGCACCUGCCCCCCCACAUCAAGGGCGGCCUCGCCAACGUCACCCGCCACCUGGGCCGCCUGAAUGUGUCACGGAACGCCAACAAGACCAGCGGCUUUGUGGCCGCGGUGCAGGCGCGCCUCCACAGGAACACCAAGCCGGCCCAGGCCCACGGCCGCUGA